UUUAUUUAUUUAUUUAUAGCCACAAAAUUCAAGAACUUAUAAAAUCUUCAAACCCACAUUAUAAAAAGAACCAAAAAGAAGAAGACACAGAGAACAUUCUUCUCUGAUACCAAACCUGGCCGUGUCUUAUUAUAAGAGUUUUCGUUCUUGUUUUUGGUUCUUGAUUGCUCUAAAUCUGAAUCUUUAAUAAAGACAAAGAAGAAUUGAUCAAGAUCAUUCAGAAUGGUUUGUUUCUGUUUCUUGGUUGAUCAGAAAAGGAAAGUGAAACGGAGCAAACCGGCGGCUGGAACUUGCUCACGGUGUGGCCAUUGUGCGAGCAUCGCCGACAUGAAGACUUCGACCAGAUUUUGUUUCAUUCCUAUUUAUUGGAGAUCUUGGAGAGCUGUCGUUUGCAGUUUCUGUGGCUCUGUUCUUAAGUCUUAUCGUUGAAAUCAGAUCAUUGUCUUUGUUUUUUUUCUUUGCUUUAAAUGAUGAAUCCUCUCUUAAAUAUUAGCAACACAAAGGUAUAUAUAUAUUAUGAUGUAAUAUGUAUAUGUAUGUGUGAUGGUAAUAGUAUAGAGAUCAUAGGGUUUUGUUUAAUUUGCUAUGGUUCUAUCUCUACUUGCAAGAGGAUUUUUCUUGACAUGUUGAA